CAGGAAACAGGGCUGGGACACCCUGGGAUGUCCCAGGGCAGGAGGUGGCUCUGGUGGCCCAGUCUGGGUGGGCAGGGGGAGAUGGCACCAGUGCAGUGCCCAGGGAAGGGAGAGGGGAGGAUGUGACUGACAGGUGCUAUGGAAAGGGAACAUUUAUUAACUUCCACUGGCCCUCGGUUCAAUAGCAGCUAAUAUUUAUGGGAAAUCUAAUUCAGGAGUCAAAUCUAACUUAACAAUGUCUUCUCAAUAAUGUCCAAACCAAGAGGUUGCUGAAACUCAUUAAGGAUCAGGCUCCAAUCAGGUGGAGAAGUUAAGCUGUAGGACCAGACUUCAUUAAGUCUGUCCAGAGAGAAUAUUUUAAUAUUUAAAGAGAACAUUCAAUGUUUACAUAAGUCCUUUCCUGACGUGAAGUCACAGUUAGAUCACUUCAGAGGUGGUUUUUAAAGCCCUUUAUUCCAGGCUCAGACAGAGCUGGGCUGGAAAAUGCUUUUCCCAUUUCCCUUGGACUCAAUGAGGCUUCUUAAGAGAUCCACUCCACUCAGGAAGGUUUCCAGUGGUGAGGAAAAUCAAAAUAAAAAUUAAAAAAAACAGCUGUUUGAAGGAUUUUCUCUUUGCAUGGCAUCUCUGUCUGCCGUGCUGGCACUGGGAUUGAUGGGUUUGCUCUGGAUGUGUUCAGGUCUUAAACCAACACAGCUGCAGGGCUGAGGCUCGAGGGCUCAGGGAGGCUUGAGCAGUCCUGAGGGGCUGGGCUUGAAAUCCCUGGAGAUGUUGCUCAAGAACAAAUCUGUUUACACAAACAGCUUUGAGAAGAGAAUUGUCAGUCAAGGCACUUCUCAGUCAAGGCACUUCUAUUUUCAGCUCAGGAGCAACUGGAAGAGUUAAUAUCCCUUAGGUGGGCUGGGGCUGAGCUGGGGUGCAGCUGGUGCAGAGCCAAAGGCGUUUCUUGUCACACCUCCCUCUCCAUUCCUGCCCUGGUGUCUCCUUUCCUGUGUUGUGCAGGCUCUCGGGAUGGUUUCGAGGAAGGUGGUGGCCAGUCUGCUGCUGGUGUCCCUGCUGUCCGUGCUGGCUGAGCAGACCCAAGGCUUCAUGCCCUUUUUCACCCAGAGUGACUUCCAGAAAAUGCAGCUGCAGGAAAAGGAGAGGAACAAGGCAGGGCAGAAGAAAUCCCUGAGCUUGCUGCAGCAGCUGGAGGAGGAAGGUUUCUCUGAGCAAUCUGGUGUGGAUGUCAAUGCAGCCAAGACCCUCCAGCAAGCCCUUCCUGUCAGAGCUUGGCUCACCCCAAGGCAGCUGGAAAAAUACCAAGAUGUCCUGGAGAAACUGCUGGCAGAGCUGUUACAGGACACCCCAGAUGCUGACUGAUAUCUGCAGGAUCAGAAGAGAAAGUGCUGGAGCUGCUCAAGCUGAAAGACUCCACUUAUGUAAACGAAAUUUGUGAGAGAGAUUAACAAAAUCUGAGGUGAGAUAAUAAAUGUGCAACGUAAUUAAAA